CACCGGGGAGCAGAUUUGGUUGCAGAUCAAUGAGCCAACUCCACAGGACAAAGGCAAAUACACAAUGGAACUCUUUGAUGGUAAAACAGGGCACAAAAAGACAGUGGAUCUUUCUGGACAAGCAUUUGAUGAAGCCUUUGCUGAGUUCCAGAGAUUAAAGCAAGCUGCGAUUGCAGAGAAAAAUCGCGCUCGGGUACUUGGAGGUUUGCCCGAUGUUGUCACCAUCCAGGAGGGCAAGGCACUCAAUCUUUCUUGCACUGUUUGGGGAGAUCCUGCCCCAGAGGUCUCAUGGCUGAAGAAUGAAAAAUCAUUUGUGUCAGAUGCUAAUUGCAUCCUGAAAUUUGAAUCUGGAAAAAAUGUCAGCUUUACCAUUUCUGCUGUAUCCACACACGACUCCGGGAAAUACAGCAUCGUGGUGAAGAACAAGUACGGCACAGAGACCAGCGAUGUCACUGUAAGUGUAUACAUACCUGAGGAAGAGAGAGAGCCUGAGCAAGAGAAACAGAAAGAAGAUAAGAAAACGAAAGCAUGAAUUUAAGACAAGGAAACAGAAGCAUGGGGGAGAUUUUGGAUGACAGGCUGACAUAAUCUGUGUGUGUAAAUGGCUUUCUGCUUUAGCAGGCAGCCUUGGAUUUUUCCAUUCAUUUCACUUUUGCUUCUAAUACACUUAAUUCUGCCAGGGAAAACAGGGCCAUUCCUAAAUAUUUUCCUACUGCUGUCUUUACAUAACCUAGUUGUAUCAUCCUCAGCCAGGCCAAAUGCAUGCUGGAUGUAAAAACAGGUCUGCCAUUUGACCCUCUUCCUGGAGCAUUUGACCCUACAACAAAAAUGGAAAGGCAGAAGAAUCAUUUCAGUGGAAGCAAAUGAUGAGGUAGAUGGAAAGAUUAAAAAAUGAUUGAGGCAUUUUUGAGCAGCAGUUUAGAUUUGUUCCAACUUUGGUAAAGUAGCAUACAUGGAAUGU